AUGCAUUCAAUCAAUUCCGUUACCGCCGUCCUGGGCUCCUUCUUCCUCGCGGCCUUUGGCGGCCGCUGGUGGUGCCAAUGGUGGCGGAGAUGGCAUCGAGGCCUCAAGUCUCUGCCGUCAGUCUCGAGCACGACGGGGACGCUUCAGCCUGCGCAAUCGAUGACGACGACGAUGACGGCGGCGCCGGCGAGGAUACCACGGGAGAAAGGCACGGCCGAGAAGGUGGUGGCAGCUGCGGACGGCCCCCGGGAAUACCAAGGGUCCCAGGAGCCUCCCGGGUGCAGCGGGAUGGGAUCUCACCUGCUGCAGCUCCCCACCGAUGUCCUGAUCCUCCUGUGCGACCAGCUUGAGCCUCCCGAGACGCUUGCCCUGCUCGUCAGCUGCAGGAGCCUCUACGCGCUCCGCGAUUCGAUGCGGCGCCAGACGGACAUGGCUUCGCCCACCGACCGCCGCCGCUUCCUCCUCCUGCUCGAAAGGGACGACCGCCUCGGACGCGGCGUCUUCUACUGCCACGCCUGCAACUACCUGCACCCGUUCCAGCCGUCGUGGGGUCCACGAUCCGACGACGAGGCCCGCGCCGCUUCGGGCCCCUACCACUGCGGCAGCCGGGACCUCUUCGCCCCCGUCGGCAACCGCUUCGGCCUCUCCUACACCCACGCCCGCCUCGUCAUGAACCGUCACUUGUUCGGCGACGACCGGGGCAUACCUCUCUCCAACCUCUGCGUCGAGCACGCAGAGCAGCGUGGCCCCGCCCGCAUCCUCUGCCGCACCGACGCUUGCAUCGACGUCGACGAGCUCUUCCUCUGCCGCACCUACUCCUUCGCCGUCGCCGCCGACGACGCCGCCGCUCUCGCCGCCUGGACCGGCCCUCGCGACUUUCGCCUCUGCGAGCACACCUCCUUCUUCUCCAACACCUCCGUCUUCCGCCAGUCCAUCGCCGUCCUGCAGCCAGCAUCCGCAUCCGCAUCCGCAUCCGCGCCCGUGCCCUUUGCCGCCUGCAGCAGCAUCCCAGGCUCCUGCGCCCUCUGCCUCACCGACUACGACGUCACCAUCUCACCGCCCGCCCGCGACGGCCUCCCGCGCCAUGUGACCGUUAGGGCCUACCACCAGCUGGGCGCCUGCCGCUCCCCAUCCGACUGGAAGUGGGCGCGCUUCACCGAGGCCUGCCGCCCGCACCUCUUCUUCCCCAACAAGCCCAACCGCCGGGGCUCAUCCUUCGGUCCCGGCGCCGUCAGGGAGCGGUGGGUCAAGAUGAGGUCCGCCCCGCCGUUUCCGUCACAAUCCCCUUCGUCAUCGCCGUCUCCCCCUCCCACCCUCCCCCAGCUCAAGACGCCCGAGGAACGGUCGAGAGGCGUUGCCAACCCCUGGUCGACCUGGUCGUGGCCGGACACGAAGCCUCUGUCCGUGGCGGUAAAUUGA